UAUUGAAUGGACAUUGAACGAGUACUGAAAAAAAAGUUUAUAAAUAAAAAAAGGAAGUUAACGUUGCGGUUUUUCAUGGAAAUGAUGCAACGAGACGUGAAUGAUAAUCGAGUGAUGGUCGAGUGUAAUCGGCGAUCGAGUGUUUUUAAAUUGAAACCUUUUUAAAUUACAACAUGGCUUACGUUUUGUGGAGAGUAUUUACUAAAAAAUACGCCAAAGUACGGCUGGGAAUUGCAAAUUUACCUGUAAUACCGGCAGAACGUGUCCAGACACCCAAUAAAGAAUCGGAGACUUGGAGUUUAGCACCUGAGAUCACUGGCGUAGAAAUCGGCGAUAAAGAUUUAAAAGAUAUUGGACACGAUGACAAUAACAAAACAUCAACAACAACAACAACAACAAUAACAAUAACAGCGACGAGAACUGAUGACGUUAAUGAAUUGACAUCAGACUCGGGUAAAAUAAAUCGCGAUAAUGAGAAUCGUAAAAGUCGAGCUAAAAAAGUUAAAAACUACCUGAGGAAGUGCAAAGGAGCUCUGUCAUCUCGGGAUGAUGAUACCAGUAAUACAAAUAAUUGUGUAAAACGUAAUGUCGGCUCUUGUACUUCUACUAGUCCAAGUACUGGUACUGGUACUGGUACUAGUACUGGUACGAAAGGUAGAAGUAGAACUAGCAGACGGUCUGCAUCAUCUUCCUGGUACUUGGAAGAGCCGACGGUGUCUAAUAACGAUGAAAUUCCACCGAGAGAGACUGAAGAAUGUUUUAAUGAUGUUCUACCAUCUAGAGCGACUUCACUGAAUAGAAACUACGAAUCUGCGGCUACGCCACCUGCCUCAACACGUAAAUUUGGCUCGGAAAGUCUUCUUGAUUCUGCUAGUAUAACAACAGAUCGAUUUGCUGAUCCAUCAGAUCUACAAUUAGAAAGUAACGCAGAUAUUUUAACUGAUUUGAAUAAUUUAGAAGAUGAAAGUGAAAUUAAUGAAGAAAAAGCUAUUGUUGGAUCCUCAUUAUCAACUGGAGGACGCGGCGAUGUUGCGUCGCUGGUACGAAGUCUCCUGGGUCCUAUUUAUGGCGAAAAUGUCCUGGAUCUAUUGACUCGGCAGGCACGUGACAUUCUUGUUUGCGCUUAUCAUGGCAAUCUUGAGAAUUUCGUCGAGUCAUAUCUCUCUCCUGCCUCACAACUCCUUGCUAAAGUCAAGAGCACUGUCUCCAAUAUGGAUGACAAAUCUUUGGUACCUGAUGGUUGGCCGUUAACUCUGGCUGGUACCGGGCUGGUGUUACAACUUGGAGAACUCGAAGCUUCCGCUCUGAGACACGGGGAAUGUUAUCUCUGCGUGCGAAGCAGUCGUCCAAGUGGUGGGGACACCAGCACCAGCAACAGCAACAGCAACAGCACCAGUGUCGUCGUCGUCAACAACGAGACUACUAAGAAUAACGAGGGACAGCUGGAAAGGAUCAUCGAUAUCGUCGAGAUUGCUUUAAUUUGGAGAUCGUCGAUGCGCUCCCCAGGAAUCCUCGGUUGGGAGCGCGAAGACGAUUUUAUGGAUUGGCGAGAUACGAAGGAGCAUAACCAUAACCAUAACCAUCACCAGCAAACUGGUUCAUCAUCAACACGUCGUAGACGAAGUAAAUCUAAAGAAGAAUUAUCUUCACGAGCUAAAGAUUCUUCUCCAGCAUCAUCUUCAUCUUCACAUCAUCAUCCUCAUUAUAAUAAUCACCACAAUAAUAAUAAUUCAAAUGUGUUUUCGCCUUUACGAGUUCCUUCGGAGCAUCCUGGUAUCCCGGGAGCUGAAGAAGAAGAAGAGCUCCUCCCUAAGCUCCCGGCAAUGAGACUAGAUCAACGGCAUUCUAAUCGGCACAAAGAAGAAGCCAAGAUUGCAAUAGACGAUUUAAUACGACCCAGUUGUCUUGAGUCAGUUAUUAAUAAUCGGCAUCAGGAAUUAUCCGGAGAUAAUUAUUCACGUGAUCUGAUAAAUAAUCAUCAUGAAGAAGAGUUGGCAAAUCUUAUUGGAACAUUGCUGGUAACUGUUGAGCGUAAAAUUGAACGAGUUAAUCUCGACGAUCUCGUGUUUCCCUGUCCCGCGUGUCGAAAUAUCGACACGGAUGAUCCUCUGCUGGGUUGCAAGUGCGCUGGACCAGAAGAAUGUUCUAACCAACACGGUGAUAAUGAUACCUGCAAUUGCGGUGAUAUCGUUGAUAAUUGUCACAGCUUUGAAGUGGCCGGAAUAAAACACAUUGACAGUGACGAUGAGGAAGAAGUGCGGAUGGGCUUUGGUGCGAAAAGACGUGCGGAAGAUGAAGUAUCAGCACCGAGAAGCAUUCAUGAUCUUCCAGAACGUGUUCUCAGCUGUCUACGGUUACCAGGAUAUGCGGACGAUGCUAGUGGAAGACUUGUACUUGAGUUUGAAAAUGCCUGUGCCAAUGCUAAAGAAAAGAUAUGCCCGAGGGAAAUAGCUUCUUACCUGCUCUAUCUUUCACGACUUCACAGCUCCGAUCGUACGAAGAAUGGAUGGACGCUAGUGAUUCGUGGUGGCAAUCAUGAGGACUUUGAUACCCUAGAUCGUGCGCUGAUGUUGAUACAGGGCAGAGUUAACGUUCGACAAGCUCUUCUGUUGCAAAACGACUGCUCGGACUCUUCAACGGCAGCAAUCGCAACAGCAACAGCAACAACAACAACAACAGACUCCCAAUUUCCCCGCAGUCGUGUUAAGAUAACAAGCGUGGAUGAUGCAACUAUUAAUCGACGUAUUCCUCGACGAAAAGACCAGGAUUACGAGCAACAAGAUUGGAUUGCUUUUUAUAAGGAGUACGACAGCGUAAUGUCAGAUUGGCAAGCUUACGGCCGUCAGUUGGUAUUAGAAAUGUCCGAGUUGAAAGACUCCGCGAACGUCGGUAGCUCAUUAACACCCUUGAGUCGUCUGUUGAGUGAAGCGACGUCUCGGCGAACCUCAAGAGAAGCCACCGCGUGUUUAGCGGUUCUGGAGGAACGUGCGAAGAAUCUUUCACACCUGGACUACGUCACGCAGGCGAUCCAACGCGCAAAACGGCUCACGGAGGAAGUAGGAAACGCAGCGACACGAUUGGAAAACAGUUUUGAGUCCCGUCGAACGACGAUAAGAAACUUCGCCGUGUUACGGAGCAUCGAGGAGCAAGCUCGCGAGGUACUUUCGUGGCUUUGCAAGAAGGGAGAGGACAUUCUUACAAAGCACGCAAGACACGCGGCCACAACCCUCGCGACCGCACGAUUACAUGAACGAGACUUUGAAAAAUUUUAUUUUGCAUCCAUGAGACAUCUGGACAAGGGUAGCGAUCUAGCAGAGGCAGCGGGUACCAGUGGACUCGGUGAUUUAGCGCAUUCUUUGAAAGAACACUUGCGAGACUUUGGCAGCAGAUUGGAGGACCGUCGCGAGCACUUGGAAGACACUUCAAGAUGUUGUUUGCUCCAAGACCAGGCUCUGGAGUGGGCGCACGAGAUGAAAGUAGCCGCGGAACACGGCGGAAGAGUUCGCGGAUUUCGCAGGCAUCCAAUGCCAGCAGAGCAUCUCGAUGAAAUGAUGAGUUUAGCUGAUAAACUUGGCAAUGAACCUCUUAUCGAACAAUGCAAGAGUAUAAGAAAUAAAUGUCUUGAGUUAUCGGAGCUGAGAAGCAAUUCAGCGCCACAGAGCCCAUCGCUCAGACGGUCGUUUGCAGCAGCUUCCGAGUCGACGGCUGAAUAUAAUUCAUGGGAUGAUGACAGUAAUCCUGGCAGUUGUCCGACAGAUAAUAGCCCGGCUACGGGUGAAGUACGGCCGCAAUUGGAUAAUAUUGCUGAGACGGGCGAAAAUAACCAACCGGAUCUUGAUACACCGCCGAGAAGUCCACCCAGAAGUCCUGCUGGUCGGAGACUUAAUAAACCGCCGGUUAACUCUCAUCUUCAGAGGUCGCCAAGUAUCGCUCCCGCUGGAAUGAAAGCUAAAAAAACAAUUUUGCUUAUCAUGCGAGAGAUGAUACAAACAGAAAGAGAUUAUGUCAAGUCUUUAGAAUAUAUAAUUGAGAAUUAUGUUCCUGAACUUGUGAGAGAAGAUAUUCCUCAAGCAUUGAGAGGCCAGAGAAAUGUUAUCUUUGGUAACGUUGAAAAAAUAUACGAAUUUCAUAGCCAACAUUUUCUUGGUGAAUUGGAACAGUGCGAGCACAGUCCCAUGAUGGUCGGCCAGUGCUUUUUAAGACACGAAAACAAGUUUUAUCUUUACGCCUUGUAUAACAAAAAUAAACCAAACUCAGACUCGUUAAUGUCAGAGUACGGUACGACGUUUUUCAAAACAAAACAACUUGAGCUUGGUGAUAAAAUGGAUUUAGCGAGUUACUUAUUGAAACCUGUACAACGUAUGGGAAAGUACGCACUUCUUCUUCAGCAGUUAGUGAAAGCAGGCACUGAUUUGUCUGAACAACUUGCUGGCAAAAAUGACAAAGAUAAUCAGCAGCAAGAUGUAAAUAAUGAAAGACCGAUUGUUGAGGGUGAAGCUGAUCUGAGAGCCGCUGAACAGAUGGUCAGGUUUCAGUUGCGUCAUGGCAAUGACCUUCUGGCGAUGGAUUCACUCCGUGAUUGCGAUGUAAAUGUUAAGGAACAGGGCCGACUGCUGAGACAAAAUGAAUUUUUAGUCUGGCAGGGCAAAGGGAAGAAAUGUUUACGUCAAGUUUUUCUAUUUGAAGACUUAAUUCUUUUCAGCAAAGCUCGAAGAUUUCCUGAUCGCAAAAAUCUUGAUAUUUAUAUAUACAAACACAGUAUAAAAACAACGGAUAUCGGUUUGACGGCUGUUAUUGCUGAUUCGCCGACGAAAUUUGAAAUUUGGUUUAGAAAAAGAAAACCUGGUGACACUUAUACUUUGCAGUGCGCAAGUGAAGAUAUUAAGAAAGCGUGGACUGAAGAAUUGAGUAAUCUUCUUUGGAAACAGGCGCUUCGUAACAGAGAAGUGCGCCUUGCAGAAAUGUCAAGUAUGGGAAUUGGAAACAAACCCUGUCUAGACAUCAGACCCAGUGCGGAUCAAAUAAACGAUCGCUCCAUCAGCGUUGCUCAGCUUUCAAAAACUCCGAGGUUUAGAAACUCAAUAGCAGUAUCAAUAUCUGAUGACUCUAGCCGCUGUAGUCGUAGACCCAAUAGUGUAAUAUCUGUGAGCUCGUCUUCAAGUAGUGGAGGAAGCAGUGGCGGUCCACAAACUGCUUUGCAUCUAGGAUUAGACGCUAGUCCACGUCUUCAUCAUCGCAGUACUACUCUUAAUAGCCAGUGUAGUGUUGAGAGUGGAAUAAUCGCGGAUAUUUCAAUAGUAUCCGAUGACGGAGCAGACACUAGUGAAAGAAGUAACUGGAAAUCAACAUUAGAAAGUCCAACAUCAUCACAUCCACCAAACAAUACAUCAACGCCUCUUCAAUCACCAACGAGUUCACAUCCAGCACCAGUGCCAGCUUCAACUUCAUCAACUUCUUCUUCCACAGACGUCAAUAAUAUUACGUCACCGUAUGAUGCGGACAUGUCCAUAAAUUUGUAAACUAAUUAAUUAUUAUUAUUAAUUUAAUAUAGCGGCAAAAAUAUUUAGUUUUAUUUCUAUUGCUGUAGAUUCUAAAAAAACUAGAAAAAAAAACUAAUACUGGCCCGUAAGUGCAAAAGCCAAAUAUUUUAAUUAUUUUUUUGUUUUUGUUAAUUUAAUUUUUUUUUUUAAUUGGUUAUUUCUAAGGCACGUGUGAAUUGUUUUAGAAUGGCUUGAACGUCAAUUUAUAUACAAAUAUAAAUAUAUAUACUGUAAUAUUUAAGCCAAUCUUAAGACACACACACACACACACACAUUAAACGGAAAAAUGACUUACUGGAGACUGCGGUCAGUAAUUGACUAAUGAAGUAAAGAUUUAUAAUCACGUGUUGUAUAUUUAAUUACACGCGAGUCAUCCACGUGAGUCAUAAAAUUAAUAUUUUUUAUUUUUUAAUAUUACUAACGUCCGCUGCCAAGAUAUCUGACUGAUAUCUUUUGGACAGCGGUCAGCACGAUAUUUUUUUAUACUUUUUUAUUUAGGCAACGACUACCAAAAAAAUCAACAGCUAAAUUAUUAAACUUUCAAUCAAGUCCGUAAAUUUUGCUUUUAUAUUUUACCUUAAAGUUAUAGAUAAAUAUUUUUUUGUUUUAUUUACAAGAGCACAAAUCAUAGAUUGGUACAAAAUGACUUAACAUUCCGGGGUCUUUGUAUAAAAAAAAUGUUACUGAUUAAAUAUUGCGAUACUAAAUUUUAUAUAUUUUUUUGUCAUUUAUUAUGCCGGUUAAUAAAUAUUUGAUCGGUAAUAUUUUUUUUUGUUUUGUAAACAGAGAGCGCGGAUGUUUUGUCAUUUAAUAAAUUGUACCCGUUUAUAUAUUUGUAAUUUUUAAUAACAAUCCAGUCAUAACUAUUCUCUUUAGAUAUUUAUUAAUAUAUUUUUUAAGUAUGUAUGAAAAAACUGUUAAAGUCCCGUUUUAUAUCAAAGUACUUAAAGAAAAGAAGAUUUUUAAAAUUAUAAUAAUGAUAAUAUUAUUAUAAAUUGAUAACAAAACAUUUAACAAUAAUUCAUUAAUUGUAUAUACUUAUAUAUUAUUACAUUGGAUGAUGAUUAUUUCAGUAUUGUAUUUGCAUCUCACACCGAUGUAUUUUAUUACUUAAUAUCAAAUAUAUUAUAUUGGGUGCCUUUUUUAGCGAAAUAACUCAUUUGAAAAUUUAAUAAUUCAUAUAUUUUUUAUCCCAUUUUUUAUGUAAAUUUCACAGUAAUUGGUCUUCAAGUAAAGGAGGGAAAGGAGUUUAAGACACAAAAAAAGAGGAUGUUUUUGUGAUUUUUUUUUCAGAGUACGUUCGUUAUUAAAAUUUUUAAAAUUUGUGACAUUAUUAAGCAUCAUUCCAAAAAUAUUCUCCUAAAUUUUCAUAAAAAAAUAUUGAAAAAUAAGCCUGUGGUAGUGGGGAGAGACGAGUCAUCUAAAAAAGAAGUCUACAUGUCGUAGGCAGUAUAACUCAUGACUGCCUCAUCUGAAAUCAAAAAACCAAAAAGAUUUCUUUAGUACAUAAGUUUAUCUUGGAUUUGAACGAAGGAUUUUUUUUUUAAUAACUACUUAUUUUUGAAUUUCACAAAAGAAGCAAUUUUUGGUAAAAACUAGCAUUUUUUGAUUGCACCUUUACCAAAAAUUCAAAAAUGAAUAUUUUGUUUAUUCCUUCGUUCAAAUCCAAGAUACACUCAUGUACUAAAAAAUCUUUUUGAUUUUUUGAUUUCAGACAAAGCAGCCAUGAGUUAUCCUGCCUACGGCAUGGAGACUUUUUUUGAAAUGACUCGUCUCCCCCCACUACUACUGGCUUAUUCUUCAAUAUUUUUUUUUGAAAAUUUAGGAGAAUAUUCUUGAAUUGAUGCUUAAUAAUGUCACGGAUUUUAAGAAUUUUAAUAAAGAACGUACUCUGAAAAAAAAAUCACAAAAAUAUCCUCUUUUUUUUUAGUAUCUCAGACCCCUUUGCUCCCUUAAUAUUUAUUUUGUAAUCAAUUAUUACAAUCAUCACUCAUAAUUAAUUUUUAAUAUGAUAACACUGACAUUAAUAUCUAAUUAAAAAAAUUUUUAAAUUUAAUUCAACUUUAAAAAACUUUAAAUACUAAAAUUUUAUAAGUGAAAAUUUAAUUUAUAUUUUUUCCGGUACUUUUUUAAUUAACAAAAUACUAAUGAUCUAAUAAUAUAUUAUAUGUUUUUAUUUUAUAUAAAAAAAAAAAAUUAUGUAUAAAAAUUUUUUAUUGUAUUAUU